CAACAAGGCAGCAACAGUGAGAAAUCCCCAAAUAAUCUCCAAUCUCUCGUCUCCCCUCGACGCGGGCGGCGCCGUGCGUCGCCGCCGCCGUCCUUUCGCGGCCGUCGCCAACAUUCCUCCCGUGGCCACCGGCCUUGCGCUCCCGUCCCCGCCGUCGAUUCGGUGCUGGUGGUCCUGUCGCCCUCGAGCUCUCGUCGUCGUUGUCGGCGGCGGCUGCGGCGGCGGCUUCGGCUCCCAUCGGCUCCGGCGACGGCGGCUUCAGCUCCCUUCGGCCCUAGCGACGGCAGCCAAUCGACGCUGCAGGUGCUGUCCAGGCAGCAGCCGCCUUGUUGACAGAGCUCUCAGCGGCGGCUGCUGCUGGCCCCCGAGCUCCCAUCCCCUACUGCUCCCAUUCAUCCGACUAGGUUGAUUUCUUUCCUAUGUAGAUGUGUAUGAUUUCUUCCCUUCUUCUUGACUGUUAAUAUUGAGAAGGGAAUGCAAGAUGUGCAGGUAUUGAUCAACUGUUACGUUCACUUUUUCAGACAUUUAGUGUGAUGUGCCAUGGGUACUGUUUACUGUGUAAUUUGGCCAUGUGAUGACAUGUACUUAGUGUGUGCCUUUCCCCAUUAUCAUGAGAAAAUUAGCGUAAUGACAACCUUGGUUAAAAAGCUUGGUCAUAUUGUAAGAACCAAAAUUACAUGCAGUAGUGCUUAGCUCCUGUACAGAUCUAGUAGUUUUCACCUAUCAUAGUUUAUUUCAAUCUAGACUGUACUUAAAGAUGUUAAUUAAUGUAGAUCUGUACUUUAUUUCUUAUUCCUCCUAUAGUUAAUUAGUAAUGGUAAUUUAUUCCUUCUCUUGUGUGUGAGAGUUUUUUUAGAGAACUUGUGUGUGACAGUUGUGAACCACAUCCACCUCGAAUGGCAAAUUCAAGGCUUAGCACAGUUCCUUCAUGGCUACCAAUAGGGAUGGACCCCAUAGCUACAUAUUUGUUGGAAAUUAAACCAGCGGGGGAUCGAAAAAAUGCUAGGGUGGAAUAUGAUUGGUUUAUAUUCAGUAAGGUGGUAGACUCAAAUGUAUUGUGCUACAAAGACUUUGUUGAUGACAUUGCAAAGUCAUAUCCAUGGGGGCCAAAUGAGACUGUUACAAUUGACUACAUGGAUUUGGUUGAUAAAACCUCUCAUCAUGUCAAAACUGAUCAGGACAUGAUAGCAAUGUUUGAAAAGUUCAUUGAUAUCAAGGUGAUUCCAAUGAUUAUUCGUAUACAUGGUAUUGAUGAAAAUAUUGAUGAGUUAGACCACACUCCUGAUAAAGUAAACAUAGACGUGUUCGAUACUCCUUUGGCAAUUCCCUCUCAAGUGGAUUUCAGCCAACCUAGCAGCAGCACUCAACCUUCUCGUGUCACUGUGCCAUCCAACACAUACUUAGUAAACCUUUUUCCAAUGGCUGAGCAUGUUGGUGUGGAUGAUGAGGGCAUGUACUUAAAUGAUGUUGAGGAAGCUGCUGCUGGUCAUGCCGAGGAAACUAGAGGUAAAGAGGUUGUCAAUGAAGACUCUGAGGAUGAAUCUUAUUUUGCAUCUAAGGAUGCAUCUGAGGAUGAAACUGAGGAUGCAUCUGAGGAUGAGUGUGUGGAUGAAUCUGAGGAUGAGGGGAUGGCAUUGGAUGAGAUGCCAGAACAUCUUCCUACCAUAACCUAUGAUAAAAAUGAUCCACCAAUGAUAAAAGGCAGCACUUAUCCUAACAUUGAUGAAUUUAGAUUGGCAAUAGCACAACAUGCAAUAAAAAAGGAAUUUUAAUAUAACAUUAUCAAGAGUGAACCAGGGAAAUUUACUGCAAGUUGUGCUGCUGAAGGCUGCAAAUGGAGGAUUCAUGCAUCUGCGGUUGCUGAUGGUGUCACCAUCAUGGUAAAAACUAAUCUUGUUGCCCAUGGAUGCUCAAGUACUAGAAGAAGUGAAACUAUCAAGGCUGCAAGCAAGUUUUGGAUUUGUGAGAAGGUGAAAGAUUGGUUGUUGGAGGAUGCUACUGUUGGAGCAAAGGAAUUGCAAAGAAGGAUUCAUGAGACACACAAGGUUUUGAUCAAUUACAAAAGAGUGUUUGUUGGUAGAGAGCUUGCUCUUACAAAGUUGUAUGGGAGCUGGAAUGAAAGUUUUGACAUGUUGUAUAGAUACGAGGCACAAAUUGAAUUAUUAAGCCCUGGUAGCUUUUUCAUCAUUGACCAUCACAAGGUUCUAGAAGAAAUAAGGUUCAGGAGGUUAUUCUUUGCCUUAAAACCAUGCAUUGAUGGUUUCCUGUAAAAUCAAAGGUGUUUUUGAUUAUUAUUCUGUGAUGAACAAUUGGGCAUUGGAGAUUAUUGGUUUUGUUAUUUGGAAUUUAUUCACGAAGUGGUUUUGGA